AUUAUCUUUUGUUAGUUUUAACAAUAUAUAUAUAUGCUGGGAAUUCAUAGAAUAUAUGAUGAUGAGGAUGAGAUUCUGUGCAACAUGGAGGAAAUGGAUCCAGGAGUGCUUGAAAUCGAGCUCGGUGUCUAUUCUUGUCAAUGGCAGUCCAACGAACCAAUUCCCAGUUAAUAAAGGAAUUCGCCAAGGAGAUCCAUUAUCCCCGUUCUUAUUCUUGAUAGUGGCAAAGGGAUUGAAUGGAAUAGUGGCAUCGGUAGUGGAGAAGGGGAGGUACAAAGGAGUGGUAAUUGGGAGCGGAGAUGUGAUGGUCACGCACCUUCAAUUCGCAGAUGACACAAUCUUCUUUGGAGAUGCAACGGAAGACAACAUUUGGGUGAUCAAAUGUAUUAUGUGGACAUUUGAGUUAGCCUUGGGAUUGAAGAUUAAUUUCAGGAAGAGCCAGUUGAUUGGUGUGGGAGUUGAUCAAAAUUGGUGUGCUAAAAUGGCAUUUCAAUUGUGCUGCAAGGAAGGGAAAUUACCAUUUAGGUAUUUGGAAAUACCAAUUGGAGGGAAUCACAGAAGAAGAGCUAUGUGGCAGCCGAUGGUGGAGUCUGUUAGAAAGAAGUUAGCCAGCUGGAGGGGUCGGUAUCUAUCUAUGGGAGGCCACAUUACGCUCAUCAAUUCAGUGCUAUCAAGUCUGCCAGUAUUCUUGGUGUCUAUCUAUAUUAUCCCAAAAGAGGGUUUUAGGGUUAAGAUCGGGGAGGGUAAUACGGUCAGUUUCUGGUGGGACAAAUGGAGGGGAGAGGAGAGUCAAGCUAAUAUGUUCCCAAUACUGUACUUGUUAUCUACAGAGAAGAUGAAGAUGUGCAGUGAAAUGGGAAGUAGAACUAACGGUUUGUGGGAGUGGAACUUAACAUGGAGAAGGAAUUUGUUUGAGUGGGAAAAGGAGGAGGCAAAGGAAUUACACAACACGAUUCAAAAUGUGCAACCGUCACAAGGAUGCAUGGAUAGCUGGGAGUGGACCCACAACAAGGAUGGCCAAUAUUCAACAAAAUCAGCAUACUCAAUUUUAACGAAAGAGGGGAGGGAAGCAACGGAAAUUAAAACCUUCUCUAGAAUUUGGAAUUCCGUUCUGCCAAGCAAAAUUUUAGCAUUCAACUGGCAAUUACCACUUGACAGGAUUCCAACUAAAAUGAACCUGUUGACAAGAGGGAUCAUCAAAGACACUCAAGACUGCAAAUGCGGAAUUUGUGGUGAGAUAGAGGAGGAUACAAAGCAUCUGUUUAUGGAAUGUAGUAUGGUCCAAUGGAUAUGGAUGGCUUGUGCAAAAUGGUGGGGUAUUAAUGUUACUUUGGGAGCGGACUGCUGGAAUACCUUUCAAGUGGCUGGAAGAGAACUAAAAGAGAAAUGUAUUAGAGAAGGAUGGGAUUGCAUUUGGAACUCUCUUGUGUGGACAGUGUGGCUGGCUCGAAAUCAAAAAACAUUCCAAGGCAAAGAGAUUAAUUGGGAGAAGCUGCUGGAACUCAUCCAAUUAAAGUCGUUUCAUUGGAUCACAGCAAAAAAAGAAAGGUACGCCUUCACUUCAAUGGAUUGGUUUCUUAAUCCAGUGGCAUGCUUGAAAGAUGGCCUUAGGAAAAGAAAGGUACCAUAUAAAUAAUCUGUGGGAGUGGGAGGGGAGGGUAUUGGUGAUGGUUGGAAGGUCUACCUUCGUUUUGUUUCAAAGGAUUAAGGUGCUGUGUAAUGGGGGCUCAUGUAGGCUUAUUGAGCAAUCAUUGACUGUAGUGGGUUUCAGCUAUAGUCAAUGUAUGAUCAAUGGCUUGUGGGUCAGUGGGUGUGUCGGGUGUGGUUUGUGGACCUAAACAGGGAGAAUUGUUGAGAAUGCAAAUGAUAGCAGAAUCCCCGUCACGGGCGUAGUGUCAACACUUC